AUGGGCGGGGCCACUGCCACCUCGCCGCGCGGGGCUGCUGCCCCGAACGAGCUGAUCCGCAUGGGGGACACCGAGGCGGAGGCAGGCCCCUUGGCGGGUCGCCUCGCCUCCGUAGGGUCGGCAAUGCCGGAGGCCCACCCGACGGCGGAGGCGGCGAAACUGCUGCCCUUCCUAGCGCUCGAGGCGCGGGCUGACCUGCAGGCGGCGGCGGUGCAGCACGCGCUGGCGUUGACCGGCUCGGAGCCAGGACGCACGCUGCUGGCCGGCCAGGCGGCUUUGCUGCGAGCGCUGAUCGAACUGGCAGUGGCCCCUGCUCCCGCCCCGGCCCGAGAGGCCACCCGCGUGCUCAUCAAUCUAGCCGCCGACCCCGGCCUGCACAAGCCGCUGCUGGCGGCUGAGCCCGAGCUGCUUGCCUGCCUGCUGGGCUGCACGUUGGACCCACAGUGGCCCUGGGCCGAGGAAGCGGCCGCUGUGCUGGCUAACCUCAGCCGCGAGCCGGCGCCGUGUGCUGCGCUGAUGGAAGCGCUGGCGGCCUCGGGGCCCGGGGAGUCGGGCCUGGAGCGGCUGGUGCGAGCGCUGUGCACUCCCGGCUACAACGCCCGAGCGCCCCUGCACUACUUGGGGCCAGUGCUGUCUAACCUCAGCCAGCGUCCUGCGACGCGCGCUUUCCUGCUGGACCCAGACAGGUGCGUGGUCCAGCGGCUGCUGCCCCUUACCCAAUACCCGGACUCCUCGGUGCGCAGGGGCGGGGUGGUGGGGACACUGCGAAACUGCUGCUUCGAGCACCGACACCAUGAGUGGUUGCUUGGGCCCGAGGUGGACAUUCUCCCCUUCUUGCUGCUGCCCCUGGCGGGGCCUGAGGACUUCUCAGAGGAAGAGAUGGACCGGCUGCCUGUUGACCUGCAGUACCUUCCGCCAGACAAGCAGCGAGAGCCCGAUGCUGACAUUCGAAAGAUGCUGAUCGAGGCCAUCAUGCUGCUGACAGCCACAGCACCUGGUCGGAAGCAGGUGAGGGACCAGGGAGCAUACCUGAUCCUCCGUGAGCUGCACAGCUGGGAGCCAGAGCCUGACGUGCAGGUGGCUUGUGAGAAACUCAUCCAGGUCCUUAUUGGGGAUGAACCAGAACAUGGCCUGGAAAACUUGCUGGAGGUGCAGGUGCCUGAAGAUGUUGAGCGGCAGCUGCAGCAGCAGGACCGCCAGGAGCAGGAGCAGUGCAAGCGGGAGCAUCAGGAGUUGGAGCUGGCCCCAGAGCCACAAGCAGAGGGAGCUGCACCCACCUGAGGCCCCUGAAGCCUCCCACCAGCUCCAGGCCCACCUUUGCUAACCAUCAGUCCAGGCCUCCCAGACCAGGCAUGCCUGCAGCGUCCUGCCAGCUUCUGGAUCCGUGUGCUGAGGCUGUGCCCUGCUGAGAAGCAGAGCUACCCCUGAGCUGCGGGUCCUUGGUCCUUGCCGAGGGCUCCCGUGCAAAUGCCCAAUCAGCCUGGGGGGCGAGGACCUCCCUGUGCCCUUUUGCUUCCGCUGGCUGCUCAGAGGACGCCACCAUGACCAGAGCUGACAGACCCUGUGACGUGCCAGGUUCCUCCGGGGAAUGGUCAGUGGGGCUGGACGGAAAAACCCUGCAAGCCUGAGGGCCCAGCUGGAGCUUCCAGUCCCAACGGUGCUCCAGGUGGCCGGGCGUAGGGGAGCAGCCAGGUGCUUGCUGCCAGCCCAACUCAGGUCCCUCCAGCCAGGGACCCUCGGCUUGCUUUGCCUGAGACCCAGCCUCAAAGGGCUGACCUCGUGAGGUGUGCACCAGCCACGACCUGUCACGGGACCUCCCAGGACUGCACCCCCAGCGUGUCCUCCCGGCACUUGCUGCGUCCCCUUCAUCCACUUGACCUGGGCCCUUCGCAGGCUCCUCGAGCCCAGCUUCCCAGUCCUGGACUCGUGGGUGCCCUCAGGCUCCCUGCCCAGCUAGGCCCUCCUCCUGCUCAGCUUCUCUGGGCCCCGGCUCCCCAGAACCUCUUGCCUGCUGUGCACAGUCUCCCCGAUGAGCCUGCAGCCUCGCCCUUAGCCUGUCUUUCCCCUGACCACCCUCUGCCCCCUUGGAGCCCCUAAUUCUGCAGCCACCAAGCCUGGCAGGCUGUCAGCGUGGCCUUGAUCCCACAUACCCCCUUCCUGGACCUCCCACCAGACCUAGUGCCCUUUUUUGCCCUGGAGCCCUUGUCCCCGCACCCCUGGCACCACCAGUUCUUGGUUGUACCUGUUUUGUCAUGAAUUCCCAAAUAUUGCUUCUACCUUUAUGUUUUAAUAACCAUACCUCCCCUGUAAAAUCUUGUUUUCAAAGUAGGGGGAUGUUACACUUUCACAGUGUGACAGUGGUUAGCUGAUCUAGAAAGUCCAAAUAAAUCCAAAGCCACGUCAAGUCUCUGUUACAGCAGAGAAUGAAUGGAUGAGUUUUCACUUCAGUGCAGCAACUUCUUCCGAAGAGCAUAAGAAUCUUAGCACUGAGAUGGCCAGAAGUAAGGGUUGGCAAAAAUUGCUCCAUGGCUAAUGAAGGUAAAACUGGAAACAACA